AUGGACUCGUCGAAGCCAGGACUGGAUCUGGAGAAAGAGUUGACGUGCUCGAUCUGCACCGAGCUCCUCUAUCACCCUCUUACGCUUCUAGACUGUCUGCACACCUUCUGUGGCGCCUGUUUGAAGGACUGGUUCACAUGGCAAGCCCACGCAGCGGAGAAUGCCCCCGACCCUCCGGCCCCCGGGACUUCGGUCUUCACCUGCCCAUCAUGCCGGGCACCGGUGCGAGACACGAGACACAACGCCACUGUUGCGUCACUCCUGGAUAUGGUGCUCGUCGCACAUCCCGAGAAGGCAAAACCAGCCUCUGAGAAAGAAGAGAUGGAUGCCAAGUACAGGCCAGGGGACGGCGUGCUCCCCAAAUUGAACAUCCCGGAACGAACCGCCGAACAACUACGAUUGGAGGAGCGGGAGAGGAACCUCAUCGAAUCAGUGCGGGAGAUGAGCCUACUCGAGGCUGUGAAUGGUGAGGCAUCUGCUUCGAGGUCGCGCCAGCAUGGGUCAGGAAGUAGGUCCAGGAACGGCAGCUCACAUCGGACGAGAGAUACAAGUGCGACUAGGACCGGCGAUGUUCGGUCUCGAGAGCGGCAGCAUCGUCGGAGGCCCACCACAGAGAGAGACUCGAGCCUCAGGACAGAGCAUAACGCGAGGCUGUCACCCGAUCACCUAGGAUCUAGGUCUGAACACAGCCGGAACAGUAGCAACGAAUCUAGGCGGAGGAAUGACGACUUGAGGGAAAGACAGAGACGACAGAUAGAGCAUCAGUCGUCGCUUCGUUCCCUCAUCAGCUCUUCAGAUGGAGCUGACAUAGAUAUGGAGCGGGAGGUGGAGGAAUUCGCCCGGCAAAUCCAGCAAGAAGGCUUGUUGGAUGGCCUGGACCUCGAGAACAUUGACCUGAUUAACAACGAUGAGCUGAGCCCUUGGUGUCGCCUCGAGAUCGGCGAAUCGACAAACAGAGCACCACUCAAGAUCGGCGAGUGCCACAAGUCAGUCCGAGGAGCGCAGCAGACCGCCUAUAUCCUCACGCUCCACCCACUUAGAGGUUCACGAGCAAAGAAGGCGUCGGAGAGCCGCCAGCGGAAGCAGAGACAGGAGCUCAACCUUGCCAGUGGGCCCUACGCAGCCAGAGAUCAGGGUAGGAGCUCGGUCCCAGACGGACUUGGAUGCGAGAUCAAACAGUUUGAACGCGUCUUCCAGGAGACCAGUUAUCGCGGAUGGGCGAAGUGCGAGUACAUCAGACGUCCCAAGCAGCAGCCAAGUCCUCGUACAGUCGCCACCUUCAACAGCUCUGCCUUUCAGUGCGCGAGCCAAUGGCCUUAA